AAGGGGUUUUUUGUGCGAAAGGGGAAUCAUAGGACUCACAUGCUUUGGAGGAGAAAAAAAACAAAUCGCAGCAGAGGAUUGGGUUGUUCAGAGGGGGAAAGAACAAGGCAGAGGAGCAGACAUCUGGAGCUGGAUAAGACCUUAGAACUGGACAGCUUUAAAUCUGGAAAGGACAAAAUUGGACUGGAUACCUAAACAUGGAAAAUGGACAAAGCGAAACAGAAGAAAGGACGGAGGAUGUGUCAGAAGAUAAAGAAGAACACGUAGAGGAGGUUAACCUGGAGAUCGCACAGCUGCAGGGCCUGGUGGAUGAGCUGCAUGAUGGGCUCCAGGUCGCUCUUACAGAGCUGUGCGAGCUGCGUCACAGAGACCAGGGCCUGGAGGAGAAGCUCCAGGCCCACGAGACUGAUGUGGAUGAUAAGAUAAUGGGCCUAAAGAACUCCCUCAACACUUUUAAGGAGGAGCUGAAUGUGGCCUUGUUCCACAUUAAAGAUGUUUCGAGCAGACAAAUAGAGGUGCAGAAGAGGAUAGAACUGCUUCAGUCAGAAAACAACAACGAUUUCAUCUCUGUUCCACACAGUAGAAAGAGCUCCAAGGCAGAUGUCCUUUUGGCACAAGGGGAUGAACACAUCUGUGUGCCCAGCCAGUCAGAGCUCAGUGUUAUUCAACACUUCUUCUCCAGUCUGCCACCAAGUGGAUCACCACAGAGGAGCGCCACAUCCACACAGCCGUCUACCUCUGAGCAGGAGCAGCAGCAAAGAGGUUUCCUGUCUAAAUCUCCAGCAUGGGGAGAGAGAAAGAACAGCAGAGACGACACAGAGACAUCCAACAACCUGACUGAAAACAGUAAGAGGCAGAGAGUGGCUCUGGAGCUGCUGGAGUCAGAGAGAGUUUAUGUGUCCCACCUGUCUCUGUUACUGAAGGCCAACAUCUCCUUUAAUGGAACAGAAGCUCUCACCUCCAAAGACAAACGUCCGUUUCCCAGCUCUCUGAGGUUUCUGAUCCAGCAGCACCUGGAGCUCCUCCAUACUCUCCAGGAGCGUGUGAUCAAGUGCCAGUGGCAAGGCAUCAUGGGGGAUGUGUUUAUGAGGCUCACCAGCAAAGAGAAUGAUUUCUUGGACUUUUAUGUUUCCUACCUGAAGGAGCUUCCAGACUGUCUAUCAGUCGUCACCGCACUCUCCUCCAGCUCCAUGAAAUCUUCUGCGUUUCUGGAGAGUGAUAUAACAGGUGAUGAAUCCAAACCGUCUCUCUACACUCUGCUGCUUCAGCCGGUUCAGAGGAUCCCUGAGUACCUUCUGCUGCUGCAGGGACUGCUGAGGCAGACGGAGGCGGAGCACCCAGACUAUUACCUGCUGCUGGUGUGCAUCCAGCAGUUCAGGUCCUUCACGGCUCAGUACCAUCACCUCCUCCAGCACAACCAGGAGCUACUCCUGCAUAACCGCAAGGAGAUGAAGAGGUCUAACAUGAAACAGCUGUUAAAGACAGUUGAAAGUGGGAUUAAAGCGAACAACAUCGGCUCGCCGUACCCUUGCAGCAGUGCAAUGCUAGAACAUGCAAACCAGGUGAAGCAGAGCAAGCAGUGUCUCCUGGAGCAGAUCCAGUCUCAUCGUUUCCAAGCUUGGGAGCGGGACCAGGAUUCAGCAUCUCAUGGUUAUGACCCCGAGUGGCCCCCUCAGCUCCAGUUCUUCAGCCCCAACAUGGACUCAAGAAACAACAAACAAACAGGUCUUGGCAGCAUCCCAGAGAGCGAGGGAUCUGAGCGGUCCGUGACAUGCCAUCAUCAUCUGACCUCCAGACAUCCAGACUUCCGUCAGGUUCAACCAGGCUCGGCUCUGGCAGAUGCCCUCGGAGAGUUCCUUCUUCCUCCAGACCCACCGGGGAUGGAGAGCCUCUACGAAGAGGAGGGAGGCACUCUCCGUGACGACUCCAUGUUCGACCGCUGCUCCUCUGCCUCGUCAGAUUCCUCCAUCGACAUCGCCUUCAUGAAGUGCCCCAAAGGCCCCUCAGCGUCCCGUCAUGCAAUGGCGGUGAAUGUGUCGGCAACACGCGAUGUCUUCGGGAAUGGUGGAAGCCAGGGGAACGGUUACAAUAAGAUGUCCACCAGAGGGUGCGUGUCUCCAGAUGAAGCUGUAAUGAUGCAGCACAAUCAGCACCGAUCCCUUCAGGCGGGUCAGCGUAAGAGCAAGUCACUGAAUGGCCUGCAGAUGGACACCACAGUGAGCCUGGAUGGUGGUCAACUGUCAGACCACCUCCACAGGGUGGGACUGGGAAGCCAUGCCAAGCUGGAGCGCCAGGGUAGUAAGGGUAGCAGAGGGUGUCCCACGCCAUCUCGCAAGGUCCAGAGCCCCCUCGGGAACAGAGCUGAUACAGAGAAACAGCACGAUGAUCUUCAAGGGAUGCUCAGCAUUGACUCUGGAUUCCAGUCAUGGGGUGAAGAUUCAAAGUGGAGAGGCGGAACGGAGGAGAAUAACCACACCCCCUUCAGCGAGAGGAGUCGGAAGCAGGACAAAGGAGGGUUCAGGAGCUCUUUUAAGAAACUGUUCAAGAAGAAGAGCGGUGAAGAGAAGAAGGGAGGCGAGAAAGCCCCAGAAAACCAAAACAAUGGUGAACACGAGACUCCGGGGAAGAAUCCGAAACAGGUACAUCUGGAGAUAAACCGUGGCACAGCUGUAUGAGUCCCAUUGUACUGCACACACAAACAGUACCACAGACUGAUGUGAUAUAAAGUGUCUUACAUUCAGUAUCAGUCCAACACACGGUUGAUUGUUAAACAUUGACAAAUGAUAUAUAAAUGCUGUACAGGUAUUAUUCAUUAAGCUACGCUACCUUUACUCUGAUCAUCUCCAAGUAUCCAGUUCUCCUUUUUGUGAGAGAAAGAAAAAGUUCAUAGUGAGGGAAAGCACUUCAAUUGGAUCAAAUUCAAAAGUUAAGAAAACAGCCAGAGGAGUAUUUUUGCUCAGAAUAAAAGGAAAUGUGAGGUUAAGUUAUCAGUGUGUAUUUGUACAUUUACUUAAAGCUGGUUUGACCUUUUUUAGUUUCCUUUUCCCCCCCACAUUACAAGACAUGACCACUUGAGGUCAUAGUUUGACACUGUCAAUCCUCUAACCUUUAAAUGGCUCUUCCUUACCUUCUAUUUCUGGACUUUUGAAAACUUAUCCUACAAAUGCAUCCCUGUCUACACUUUUAAUGAAGGUCACAAUAUUUGGUAAUAACUAGUUGCUUAUAAGCAUGCUAAUAAUGAGCAAACUCUCUGCUUAUAAGUCAUUAUAGAACGCAUAUUAGUACCUUAUUCUACAUAACCAUGCACAGUCUAGAGAUAAUAAGAAAUGAACUCAGAGUCUGCCCUCAACUCUAUCCUAAUUACUGCUUAUUGGUAGUUGUUGUUGAACAUGAAUGAUGAUUUUGACAUGCUUUGCUUAGUUUGGCCCUUAUAAGGUAGAAGUAAGCAAAAACAUAUUAAUGUCAUAAUUCAUGUUCAACAACUUCCUAACUUACUAUCAUUGAGCAGUAAUUAGGAGAGUGUUGAGGGCAAACUCUGAGUUAAUUGUCUAUUAGCUAUAGGCUGUAGUCAAAUAUAAUAAGGUACUAAUAAGUGCUUAACAGAUAAACAGACAGUAUGCUACUUAUUAGCUAAUAAGCAACUAGUUCAUGGUGAAUAUUCUGACCUUGAUUUAAAGUGUUACCAAAACUUUAAAAUGAGUGAAUUUUUUUCUUGGAUUAUUACUUUUGCACGUCCCUUGAUGGGUUAUUCUCUCGUUGUCUUAAGAAACAGCUAGCUUUUGAAAUAUGAUUACUGUUGCUAAUUUAAAAAAAAAAAAAAUGACCUAUUUAAAAUGUUCUGACUCUCUUUUCUAGAUGUAACUCCAGUUCAACUCUCUAUCCAUCUGCAUCAUGUCUUAACCAAAGAUGAUUAUAUUGUGUAUUAUUUACAGAACAGAACAGAUAUUAAACUGGUAUUUGUGUAUGUUUUUAUGCGUUAAGCAUUUUGCUCCAAAGAAAGACAGAAUUGAACAGAAGUAUUUUGUCAAGAGGUGAAUGUGUCAAUGAGGAGACAAGAAUGCUCAAUAAAGG